AUGCCGGAAAAUGUUAAAACUCAAGGGGAAGGACCUAUUAAGGUAUCCUACAUUUUUCCCAAUGGUGACAUAUAUGAGGGGGAGUGCAGCAGGUGUGCAGGUGUGAUGAUGAGAAGCGGUACCGGUACACAAACCUCAGCAGAUGGCAUCAUGUACACAGGAGAGUGGCUGGAAGACAAAAUGCAUGGCAGAGGGACCCUGAAUCAUCCCUCUGGAGCACACUAUGAAGGAGAAUUCAAAGACAACAUGUACUAUGGCACGGGAACAUACACCUUUCCAGAUGGCUCUACUUACAAGGGUCACUUCAACAAUAACAGGUUGGAGGGAGACGGGUCGUUCACUGACAUCCAGGGACUAGUAUGGACUGGGGAGUUCCAUGGCAAAGCAGCGCUGGGCCUGAAAAUGCAGCACAACAUUUAGGCAAAACAUCAUUGUACUGGAAUGUCUAAAUCACUCUUUAUGUACAUUUCAAAUUUACAUUAUAUAGGUAAAGACUCAUCUAAAAUACUGAUUUUUGUUGUACUUAAUUCUGACAAAGACCUUAAAGGGGGCCCAUUAUGCUCAUUUUUAAAUUCAUAUAUGUAUUUUGUGUCUCCACUGUGACUGAUUUACAUGUUUUAAUGUCCAUACAGUUCUGUUUUUCCUUAUACUGCCUGUGCUGCAGCACCUAUUUUCCCCCUCUGUCUGAAACCAGACAGCUCGCCCUAUCGUAAGCAUGUUUGCUGCAGUUAUUUCAUUGCUUUGACUAUACUGUAUAUUGAGGGAUGAAUAAAGGGCAUUUUUACAUCCUUACACCACUAGCCAAUCCCAAAGGGGGUAUGUUCACUACAGCUGUACCCGCUCCGGUGGAACAUUGGCCUGAGGAAAAGUGUGAUGCCAGUGUGUGGUCACU